GUGCCCGCUUUAACAAUCGGCUUCUCCUGCUCUGCUAGCAGUCAGCUGAUACAUUCACCCCGAAGUACAGUUAUGGCAGAUAUCAGUAAAACUGAGAGGGUUCAGCUGCACGCCCCAGGUCUGGAGGAGCUGCGUGGUGUAUUACAGACAGGACUGCAAGACAACUUUGCAGAAGUUCAGGUGAAUGUUGUGGAGUGUCCAGAUCUCACCAAAGAACCAUUCCAGUUUCCUGCCAAAGGCUUGUGUGGAAGUCCUCGUAUCACCGAUGUUGGUGGUGUACCGUACCUGAUUCCCUUGGUUCAAAAGGACAAGGAAUACAACAUGAACUCUGUAUCAAAAGAGGUGGAGCUACCUGGAGCUUUCAUCCUCGGUGCAGCGGGUGCUCCUUCCAGGAUUGUUGGAAUGAAUGCAGAGCUGAUGCCUCUGGUCCUGACAGAGGCAGAGGGAAGGCCUGCAGUGAACAGCAGUUACUUCUCCUCCAUCAAUCCGGUUGAUGGUCAGUGUUUGCAAGAAAAAUACAGUGACAAAUUCUCUGACUGCAACUUUGGACUGCUGGGCAAUCUGUAUGCUUGUGAAGGGAAGUCAGGAAAGGUCAUAGAGGUGAGAGCUAAGAAGAGAACAGGAAGCCAAAGUCUUGUGACGGCCUUGAGGAAGACUCUCGAAGGUCACUAUCCUGAUAAAAGCCUGGCUCUAGGAGGUACCUUCAUCAUCCAGAAAGGGAAAGCUAAAAUUCACAUCAUGCCAAGAGAGUUCUCAGUGUGCCCCCUCAACACCAACGAUGAGGUCAACAACUGGCUCAAGCACUUUGAAGUCAGCGCUCCACUCAUCUGCCAGUCAGUGCUCGUUUCCAGAGAUCCUGUACGUAAAGUAAACACAGCAAUGAGAUGGAUGAAACAAGAUCUGUGGUUUGGACCUUCGUGUGGAGCACACGCACUGCUUCAGCCACCACGGAGAAGGUGGCCACUACUACAUAGACACCACACCUGACAGUGUGGAGUACCUGGGCUACUUCAUGCCUGCAGAGUUUGUCUACCGCAUCGACAGGCCCAAAGAGACCCAUGGAGUUGGACGAGACUGAAACAUUUAAUGCAUUUAUAAAUCAUCAGAAUGGCAUCUCUUGCUAAUCUAAAUUUAUCAAGCAGUAUGUGAUUUAUAUUAGUCUUUAUGUAAUAUGAUACCCCACAAAUAACUUGAAUUUUACAUUGGAAAUGAUUAGUUAUCAUUACUUAUGUGAAUGUUUGCUCUUCAAUCACAUCUCUCAAAAUUAUUCUACUUUUCUUAUAAACAAAAUCACUACAUUUCAUGAAAUAAAAACAACGUCAG